CAGCAAUGUACAGCAGUAUAUGCAUCUGCGUGUUCCUUGCUGUGCUCUCAGCGAGCUCUUUCGGACAGCAAACUGUGGGCUCGCACAAUGAGAAUCCGCUGGCUGCUGAGCUUGAGCAGAGCUUGACACAUCACCGGCACGUCCGUGCCCCUUCGUCUGCUGGCCCGCUGAAAUCUGUGCCGCGGCUGGAUGGAAGCAUUGACCAGAGAGCUAACAUCGGCGCUUUGUUGGCCAAGUAUCUCCAGCAAGCCAGAAAAGGUCCCACUGGAAGGCUCUCAGUUAUGGGAAACAGGGUACAGAGCAUUGAUCCUACGCACAGGAUAAAUGACAGAGACUACAUGGGCUGGAUGGAUUUUGGACGCCGCAGUGCUGAAGAAUACGAAUACUCCUCCUAAAGAACAGCAAACUAUAGCAACAGGAAAAAAAAAAAAAAAUCACACUCCUAUGUCUGUACAGAAAGAGAAAAAUUAAUUUGUUGUCCUGUUUGAAUCAGUGUUUUAAAAUAUAUCAUGUAUUUGAUGUAAAUUUGUCUGUAAGACUAUACAAUGCAAUAUAUACAUAUGCAGAAUUUUCCAGAAAAUGUUUUCUUUCUUUUGUGGUUUCUCAUACACUGAUAUUAUAUUAAAAUGAUUUCACUUAUCCCUUCUUGUCCUG